CAGUCACUUCUUUGGACUCAGACUCAGACCCCUAAAGGAGUAUAAAAGCAAGAGCUCAUGGCUCUGCACACUCAGACAGCUUGAAGAGUGAAAGCACUUCACAAAAAUAGAGAUCUUUCACAUCUGAGAGAAGGAAGCUGCUGCACAAAGAUUCAAGAAUUCAAUACAUAAUUUUAGUAUUUUACUAUCAAAUUUCUACCAUUUGAAACAGAGAUGAAUCCUGCAAUCCAGUGCAUUUUUCUCCUGGCCUGUGUGGCCAUUUGCUUCUCAGCAUCUAUUAAGUUCUGCAGCUGCAUAAAGACAAGCAAGGGAGUAAAGCCCUCUCUUAUUGUUGAGGUAAUUGAGUAUAAACCACGUCCAUACUGCAACAAGCAAGAAGUCAUUGUCAAGCUGAAAAAUAGCAGCUUAUGGUGUCUUGACCCAAAUUCAAAUUUCACAAAGGAAAUCCUGCAAAGAGCAGAAAUGAAUAAAGCAGCUAAGAUGCCCACCAGCAUCCAAACAACCACAGUGGCUACCUCAACAUCAGCACCAACAUCACCAUAGCACACGUUUACCGCUGGUUUCGUCUCCAAAACGGAAAGUUAAAACAAAUGAAGGUGUAAUAGGAGCAGCUUUUUAUACUAGAUGCCAAAGCUAUACUGAAGAUGCUACUGAAAAUUAACUCAAAUUUCAACAUUUAACAGCCAGAGGUGAACGCUGGAACAUUUAGGGGACGUAAUGUGAUGAAAGAAGGUAUUUUUUAACCAGUGAUGCAAGUGAACAGUUUGGAUGAGGAAAGAUUCAAUGAACUCUGUCUUUGUUAAGGCUCUAGCUUUGGGAAAUAAGGAAAGAUUUUCAAUGUACUGUGCUGCAGUGUUCUUGUUUGAAGCUGUGAAACCUUCUGCAAAUGCAUUACCUGUAAAAAAAAUCCUUUAC